GAUUAAAUCGUUCCUGCUUGCGUAGAACAAAAUAAACUUUCUUUUUAAAGUGGCGGUGACCGAUAAAUUAAAUUCCAUAAUUUAAAGUUCAAUCAGAAAUCUAUCGAUAUAAUCUUAAUAUGGAUAUGGAAGAGUUCUUGAAAAUCAAGCCAGAAACAGACUUCGGUCUAACAGAUGCUCAGUGCUCCAAUGAUGCCAAUCGUAUAUUUGACAAGGUAGAGCAAGACGAUGCCGAUACAAAUAAAACAUCCGAUAUCAAAACUCAUGAUUUCGAUUUCUCAAAUGCGAGUACUGGGCCACAGGAAAAGAGUACUCGACUGUCGGAAGGUUCUGGCAUCGAGCACGAUUCCAUCAGCUAUAAUUCAUCUGAUCAAACCGAAAGAAAUAUCGUGGAUCCCGAUGCUGAAGGCGACGACUUGAGCAAUCCGCAGAUAGUAUCCCCCAUUUCAACCACCGAUACCACACUACCAUAUGGAUGCGAAGUAUGUGGCAAGCGGUUCAUCCAGAAGUAUAAACUAAACAAGCACUUCAGGGUACACAGCAGUAAACGACCUUUCAGUUGUGAUGUAUGUGGUAAGGCAUUCCCCAGUAGAGCAGAUUUCACGAAUCAUCAGAAUACCCACAGCGGUAAGCGACCGUACAAAUGCACUGUGUGUGGCGACGAUUUUGUCUACAAAAAUAGUUUAAACAGACACAAGCUCGUUCAUACGGGUGAGCGGCCACAUAAAUGCGACUUGUGUGACAAAAGUUUUGCCGUCCAAAGCAAGCUGACCUUACACAUGACCAUUCAUACAGAUGAGCGGCCAUACCAAUGUAUUGAGUGUGACAAAAGUUUUAUCAGAAAAUCUAGUCUGGCUACGCAUAUGUUCAGUCAUACGGGCGAGCGACCAUACAAGUGCACCGAGUGCAACAAAUGUUACAAAGACAAAUAUACGCUGAACACACAUAUGCUAAGUCAUAAGAAUGAUCGUCCAUACAAGUGUGAUGCGUGUGGCAAAGAUUUUGCUCGCAAAAAGAACUUGAACAUCCACAUGCUCGUACAUGCGAAUGAUCGGCCAUACAAGUGCGAUACGUGUGGCAAAGAUUUUACCCGCGAAACGAGUCUGAUCAAACACAUGCGCCUUCACACGGGCGAGCGGCCAUACAAAUGCAACAUGUGUGGCAAAAAUUUUACAGAAAAAUGUCAGUUGACAACACACAUACGUCUUCACACGGGCGAGCGGAUAUUCAAGUGCAAUGUGUGUGGCAAAGAUUUUCCCUACAAAUUUCAGCUGACCACACAUAUGCCCCUUCAUACGGGUGAGCGACCUCACAAGUGUGAUGUGUGUGGCAAAGAUUUUAGCCAACGAAAGAACCUGAAGAACCACAUGCUGAUACAUUCGGAUGGGCUACCGUACACAUGCAGCGUGUGUGGCAAAGAUUGUAUCAGCCAACGGAUCCUGACCAACCACAUGUUUACUCAUUCGGGUGAACGGCCUUACAAAUGCACUGAGUGUGGCAAAGGUUUUACCGAAAAAUGUUUCCUGAACAUACACAUGCGCCUUCACACGGGCGAGCGGCCAUACAAGUGCAACGUGUGUGACAAAGAUUUUACCCGCCAGCAGAGUCUAAACAGACAUAUGGUUGUUCAUACGGGCGAUCGGCCGUACAAAUGCACCGAGUGUGGUUUAAAAUUUGCUGAAAAAUAUCGGCUGACCGCACACAUGCUCCUGCAUAUGGGUUAAAUGUUUCCCGUGUCGGGACGGAAAGUCCCGAAAUUACGGCCUCGUUGCUUUAAAAGAGGUAUUUUCUCAUUAAGGGAAAAAGACAACGGCUCACUUGGUUAACAGAUCAAAUAAUUUUAUUCCAUCACCAGUCCGCUGAAACCUAUAUACACCAUUCCGAUAACGCUAGUUAUAAUCAUCAAGAUAGGUGCAUAGGAGAGUGAAAAACUAGCAAACAGAUGAGCGAGAUCAUACACACCAACUACAUCGAAUAACAACACGACAUAACGCACACACAAUUCGAGUAAACGGACAUCUUGAUAGAGUUGUGUAGUGACGCCAAUCGUGGUCCAAGUUAGAUCGUUUGCUAUAAACAGUUUUCGUGCGAUGAGGGGUUUCAUGAACCGAAACCAGAAUCUUAGAACUUGACAGCUAUGCGUUUAGCAAGAACUAACAGACAAGAGGACACCAAAAUAUUGGAAUUUUUUUUGUCAUUUAAAAUAACUUAAUGGGCACAAUAAAAUUCACAGAUUCCUUAAGAAAGGUCCAUUAAGGACCGAAACGUCGGAAGAAGGGAACAUUUAUUAAAAACAGACUGAAAUGCUGAUUUCUA